AAGAUUUGUUUACAUAAGCACUUGCGUAAUGAUGAGCAGUGAAUUAGCCAAGAGAGCAUCCACUGGAAUCCUCCAGAGAUGUGUUACCUCAAUGAUUUGACGUUGCUUAGCACUGUUGAGCAAGAGGCAGGUAAAGAGAAGCCAAGACUGUGUUGAGGAUUUCAUUACUGCUUCGUGUUUUGUAUGACGAGGAGAUUUCUCGAAGAGUUCUUGCCCAGGCCACCGUAACAGUUGGAAAUGGAAACACUAGAACUUCCUUUUGUUGAAGAUGUCCACCUCACAAAAUGCCUGCAUAUGAGGGCCCAUAGCCUGCAGCAGAAGAAUUCCAAGGCACAGGAUGGUGAGAAACUUCUAAGACCCAAUGAGUGUAUCUACCGCUUGGACUUCAGCAAACAGAAGCUGAAAUUUCUCUAUUGGAAGGUCCAUUUAAAAACACCCGGUAAAUUGGUUGUCACAGGGACCUCCCAACAUUGGACUCCUGAUCUCACCAACCUAAUGACCCGGCAGCUCCUGGAUCCAUCGGCCAUCUUCUGGAAAGCAGAGGGACAUGAUGAGGUGCAGUGCAAUGAGGCAGAUGCUCAAGAAUUUGGGGAAAGACUCUGUGACCUUGCCAAAAUCCGCAAAGUCAUGUACUUUGUCUUUUCCUUCCAAGAUGGCAUUGACCCUUCCACAAUCCAAUGCUCCGUGACCUUCAAGGCCUGAAGAGAUCCCAGGCGCUGGACAGAAUUACUUGUAUUUUGUGUAUUAUAUUGUAUUGAUACUGAACAGCUACACGUUAAUUACAGAUCUCCAAUGUAAUAAUCUAGCAAUAAUGCCAAUUAAUGUCAGAGUGAAUGCAUUUUACAGAGUAUUUUAUUCGGUUUGUUUCCCUACUGUUCUAUGUCAUGAUUACUGCUAAUCUGAUUUAAAUUGUUUGUUAUUGUAUAUCGUAUUGUAUUAGAAAUCCCCCAAUUAGCUAAAAAAAUAAAUAUGGCACAUAUUUAUAUACAGAAAUCAUCUACCCAUUAAAACACAUUAUCAGGUCGAUAGGUUAUUAUUAGGACAUAGUUAAAAAGAGAACGAAGAGACUUUGAAAUUAUAUUUUAUGAAUAAUUGUACUGUCGUCAAGAUCAUAGAGAUAAAAAUCUUACUUGUACAUUUGUUAAUGGUGUUUUAAUUGACGUCUGCAUGCUUCACUCAAAUCUAUGAUGGCAUAACUAGAAAGAGCUGCGUUAAUAGACCCUUUUACUGUGAGAUUUUUAAACCUUCCCCUAGGUAUAACGUUAUUCUUGUAUGAGAACAGGUUAUCCUAAAUAAAAGAACUGCUUAGUCUUUGAUCUUCACAAAUAUAUAUGUAUAUGUGUGUGUGUGUGUGUUGCCAUUUUUAAUUCAGUCAGAAUAUUGAUCUCGGGAGCUGAAGAGACAGAAUUGUAGCUAUGUCUUCCCAGGUUCUAUGUGGCCAUAUCCUGAUCAGGAGACUGGUCGAAUUAAUGCAAUCAGCUGCAAAAAUUAGCCAUUGCUCUGGAGUAUAACUCUCACUAAUCUCUGGCAGACUAGGAUAUAGAUGUCCUGGUAUUGCCCUGCAAUCAAAAGAAACCUAACACAACUUCUAAGCAAUGUAAAACAAAACAUACUUAACCAUAAAUCAUGUAUUAGGAGAACCUGAUGCCACCUGUGGAAUCUGGAGACCUACAGUCUUAUAGUUUAUUAUCAGUUAAUCAUGUUUCUAGACCAUUUCAUUGGGAUUAUGUUCCCAUAAUGCACAGUCCGUGUGAUACGUAUAUGUGUAUUUUGGUUGCUUAUAAUAUAAUUACAGUGAAAUCUAUCUUCAUGUGAAGUUGAAGGCAACAUUUAACUUACAAACCAUUCUAUUAAAUGAUGAAGUUAAUUAUUGGAAGACAUACAGAGAUACCAAUCUCGUAUCUAAAUCUAUAUCCAAAUGCACAUUUUUUGCUACUGUU